UCGUAUUUAUUGUUGAGAUAAUAAACGUCAAACUAGUCGCGCAUAAACAUUUGUGUUGUUUGCAGCAGGCAUGCAGGCUGGCGGUAGCCCAAUUGUAAUAGAUCCUUACGUGGCGCAGCACAUGCUUCAAGUUGGCGCCACAUUGAUCAUCGCGGGAGUUCCAGUGGGCACGGAAUUCGGCAUAGACUUGUCGUCGUACGACGUUGGCGAACGAUUCCGUGGCGUUAAGAUGAUUCCUCCUGGUCCCCACUACGUUUUCUGUGCGGCCAGGGAUUCUUAUGGAACCACGGCUCCGCGGGUUGGCUUCGCCCAUUACUUCAAACCAUGUGAGAUUGUCGUCAAGGAGUGGGAUCCCCAAACUGAGGAGUUACGAACCAGACAGUGCCAAGAUAUUGAACUGGAGAAGCAACGAAUCCGGGAAAACCUGAAAGAUCUGGACAGAUUUCUGGCGCCUUACGACUUCAAAGAACUCGCUAAAUGGAAAUCCCUGACCGACACAAUAACAGAGGAUGUACUUUGCAGAUGCACUCCGCAGUCGGGGUUUAUUAGGAACAGCAUGGAAUUCCUAUCAUGCCCGGAUUCAGAACGACCUCGGGGAGGAGCUCCUGGGAAUUACAAGAAUCUGCCAUACGUUGCAGACGAAAGUGAACUGUUGCCCAACCUCAAGCCUCUUCCGGACACGGCGUUGAAUUUUAAAGAACUACCGCCACGAAUACCAAAAGGCGUUGCUCCCUCCGAAGUCACUCGACACCACUUGGACUGCAUAGAGGCCGUCGAUGCAUUUUUCGCCAAGUUCUCAGAUCAAAUCGAAGCAAUACAAGAGAUCCAACUGGCUUUCAUUUUCUUCUGCUCCGGCUACUCAGUGGACAGCCUCGCGCAUUGGCGAAAAACUCUCAACCUCCUAAGCAACUCAGAAACGGCCGUGGAUAAGUACAUGCUGUUCUACAUGAAAUACUUGGAAAUUCUUCAGUUCCAGCUUCCGGAAUUGCCGGAAGAGUUAAUGGAGCAAACGAAGAACAACACAGUGUGCAGGGACGUAAGGAGCUUACUUCAAAACUGCGCGGUUGCUGGAUUGCAUAUCAGUGCCGAUCGCAUGGCGAAGAGGCUAAAAAAGACGAUGAAGUGGAAGUUCGAUGGGCUCCUGGACGAAGACCCGGAGGACAUGCCUGUGGUCGUAGACAACGCAGACUAAAAGUUCAACUCUAGCAAUAGAUUUUGUAUUUAAUAGAAGAGUUAAUAGAAAAUAAAGUAUUUUUCAAAAAUUA